AUGCAAGUUUGGAUCAUGGGAGAAGAAAAAGAGAUAUCGUUGGUGCUACAUAUCUGGUACAAAGACAAUAGAGGAUCAAUAGAAAAAAAAUCGGAGAACUGGAUCUUCACCACUCUUGAAAGGAUGACAAUCACUUUACCAAAAGUCAUGUGGACCAUGGUCUUUUGCCAACUCAUUCCAGUUUUUCAUUCUAAUGAUCAUAGUUGUAGGUUGGACGUCAAGCAGUUGGAAAGCUUAUCACAAAGUGGAGAUAUUAUGUUCGGAGCCAUGUUGCCUCUUCAUUUGGACAAGGUUUACCAACGUGUUUCUUUUCAACAAAGACCACCGAUGACUACCUGUACAAUGUUUCACCUAGAAACUUAUCAGCAAAUCCAAGUUCUGAUCUUUGCCGUGCAAGAGAUAAACAAUAACAUCAAUAUUCUACCCAACAUGACAGUGGGGUUCCAGGUCUAUGACUCUUGCAAUGUGCUUCAUUUUGAUUUAAGGGGUGCCUUACAAAUACUGACUGGAUCCAGCACAGCCAUCCCUAACUACAGAUGUGUCCAGGAUAAUCUUCUUUCUGGUUUCAUUGGACCUGCUGUCUCUACUCACUCCAUUCUUCUAGCUCACAUCUUGGGACUGUACAAAUAUCCUCAGAUCAGUCAUUUUUCUACUAGUCGUCUUCUGAGUGACAGGACAAAAUUUCCAUCUUUCUUCAGAACAGUUCCUAAUGAUAUCUUUCAGUCCCAAGGUCUGGCCAAGCUUGUGUUGUAUUUUGGAUGGACUUGGGUAGGUCUUGUGGCUGUUGAUAAUGAUUAUGGGCAGCAGGGAAUACAGGUGGUCAAGCAUGAGAUAACCAAAGCAGGAGCUUGUGUGGCUUUCACAGAAAAUAUUUUAAUAAGUCAAGCAGACCGAAAUGCUCCACAUGUAGUGAAGACAAUAAAGGAAUCAACUGUAAAGGUGGUGAUUAUUUUUUCCACUGAACUUGACCUGGCUCCCAUUUUGGAAGAAAUGAUCAAGCAGAACAUUUCAGGGAAAAGCUUUGUAGCUAGUGAAGGAUGGUCCACAUCAACCCUAUUUUCGUAUAAGAAAUUUUCACAGCUUCUACCUGGUACCAUUGGAUUGUCCUUUUUCAGUGGUAUGAUUCCGGAAUUUCAAGAAUUUAUUUCUAAAGUCCAUCCAUUAAUGUCUUUAGGACAGACUUCAGCAAACUUGUUUUGGAAAGACACAUUUGGUUGUACCCUUAUAGACAACCUAACUCAUAUAAGUUCUUUAGAGGGUCUACAAAAACAAUGCAGCGGGACAGAAACUCUACGUAGUGUCCAGAACAGCUACAUUGAUGUUUCUAACUUAAGGACUACCAACAAAGUUUACCUUGCAGUUCAUGUUUUAGCCAAAGCUCUGGAAGAGCUUAGAAGAUGCAGGGAUAAUACAUUAUUAUUGCAGAGAGGCAUGUGUAUAGAUAUUCGGAAUUUCAAACCAUGGCAGCUUUUACGCUAUUUGAAAAGGGUAAGAAUGACUCUGAACAGUGGGAAACAAUUCUACUUUGAUGAGAAUGGGGACCCUCCAGCAGUCUACGACAUUGUGAACUGGCAAUUAAGCCCAGAAGGAACCUUGCUCCAGGUCAGAGUUGGGAGUUACGAUACGACUGCUCCAGAUGGCCAGGUGUUUACCAUCAACUCAAGUGCCCUAGUAUGGGUUCCUCCCUCUGUCUGCAGUGAAAGUUGUCCACCAGGAUUCAGAAAAGCUCAUAUAAAAGGACAACCUGUUUGUUGUUUUGAAUGUGUUGGUUGUUCACAAGGAGAGAUCUCAAAUUAUACUGAUGCCGUUGAUUGCUUCAAAUGUCCAAAGGACAGGUGGCCAAAUCCUCAGAAAUCCCAGUGCCUUCAAAAGCCUAUAGACUAUCUGUCCUUUGAAGAACCAUUGGGUACCACCUUGAUGAUUUCCAGCACUGCAUCAUCUUUAAUCCCUAGUUUGAUUUUGAGACUGUUCAUCAAGCAUAAAAACAGCCCAAUAGUUAAAGCCAACAACUUGUCUUUAAGUUGUCUUCUUCUGACAUCUUUGUCCUUGUGUUUCCUCUGUUCCUUAGUUUUCAUUGGUUACCCUAUAUCUGAAAAAUGUCUAUUGCGCCAAGUUGCAUUUGGCCUAGUUUUCACGUUAUGCAUCUCCUGCAUCUUAGCUAAAACCAUUUUGGUUGUCUUUGUAUUCAUGGCUACCAGACCAGGAACUAGUUUGAAGAAAUGGGCAAGUCCUCAAGUAACCUACUUGAUUAUUGCUAUGUGUUUUUCAAUUCAGUUGAUAUUUUGCAUUACCUGGCUAUCUCUCACCCCUCCAUUCCCACAAUAUAACUUUCAAGUGCAAUCCAUUAUCAUUGCUGAGUGCAAUGAAGGCUCACCCAUUGCCUUCUGGAUCAUGUUAGGUUAUCUCUUCCUUCUAGCCACUAUAAGUUUUAUUGUUGCCUUCUUGGCUCGUAGACUUCCUGAUACCUUCAAUGAAGCCCAGUUUAUUACAUUCAGCAUGAUGGCCUUCCUUAGUGUCUGGAUAUCUUAUAUUCCAGCCUCUUUAAGUGCCCAAGGCAAAUACACCAUAGCAAUGGAAAUUUUUGGUAUCCUUGCCUCCAGUUGGGCUCUUGUCAUCUGCAUGUUUCUUCCUAAAUGCUUCAUAUUAUUGUUCAGACCUCAGAAGAACACUAGAGAAUAUCUAAUGAAAUCAAAAUUUGCUCUAAAAGCUGUGUAG